GGGGCUGGGCGGAGCGCCGCGGUGCGGGGCGGCCGGGCUGGCGGCGGCCGGAGCCGCGGGCGGAUGCGAGGCGGAGCGCACCGGGGACCGAAGCAGUAGAACGGCUGCGAGGGAUCCCGGGAGCCGUGGAGCUGGAAGGACUGAGUUUUGGGAAUUGUUGACUGCCUGGGCAUAGGAACACCGAGGAACCUGCAAACAGGUCUAUUAAGAAUCUGUCAUCUCGAAAAAUGUAUUUUAUGAAUGUUUUCCAUUAAGAAGGUGUCAACAGAGGUUUGUGAUUUUUGCCACAUAAGAGACUCUAAUUUGAAACAGUUCCCUGGCAGCGGUCAGAUGUUUGAAACUGGCACGAACUAGCGCUAGGCUCGGAAUGCUCAUCCUUCAGCGAGAGAGACACAGCGCUACCUACAUCCUGUCUAAAUGCAAUCUUUGGUGCCACUUAACAUAAUGGAUGGCUUUUCUGCAUCUCGUUUUCAGAGAGAGCACUGAGGCUCAUAGUGCUGUGGGGGCGUUUUCUACAGAUCCAAGCACUGGCAAUUCUCUUCUGUUUUCCAGAUGUGUUUUCUCAUUUGUGUGCUUGAAACAUCUACCAUCACAUGAACUCCAGAUUGAGCCACAGAGUUCUGUGACCCCAAAAGAUCCAGGAAUGGUGUUGCCAGCUUUGGGACAAGCCAUUUUUACAUCCUCUUGACAAAUAUAUAAAUCCUUUGCUAAUUAAGGCUAUGGAACCAAAUAAAGACACGCGCAUUCCUUUGCCAAAUGAACUCUGGGGCUGUUGAGUUUCACUGUAACUGGCCAUUCCCAGUCAACUUACAUAAAAGUUAUGCCCAAAUGGACGUGAAGCCUGUGGCAAUGUAUCUGAGUUCUGGAUCACACUGAAGAUUUAAAAAAGAAAACAAAACCUAUUAUGACGAAUCCUUGGGAAGAGAAAGUCUGCAAAAUGGCCCAAACGAGUCUGCUGCAAGGGAAGCAGUUUUACUGUCGCGAAUGGGUUUUCCACAAACUUCAGCACUGCCUCCAGGAGAAGUCAAGCUGCUGCAACAGUGCAGCCAACACACAGUCUCUUGUCGGAAAUGCUGGGAAUAAUGCUAGUGCCAUCUCUGGAAAGGGAGCCUCUUGGGGUGUGUUGCUGGUAGGAGGUCCUGGCAGUGGCAAGACAGCCCUCUGCACUGAGCUCCUGUGGCCAAGUUCCCCCGCAGGCCUGCAGAGAGGCCUGCACCGCCAGGCUUUGGCUUUUCACUUCUGCAAAGCCCAGGACUCUGACACUUUGUGUGUUGGGGGAUUUAUCCGAGGUCUGGUAGCCCAGAUAUGCCAAAGUGGACUUCUCCAAGGUUACGAGGACAAGCUAAGAGAUCCAGCCGUCCAGAGUCUCCUAGGGCCUGGAGAGUGUGAGAGGAACCCAGCAGAAGCAUUUAAAAGGUGUGUGCUGCUCCCACUCCUGGGGAUGAAGCCACCCCCACAGAGCCUCUACCUGUUGGUUGACUCCGUGGACGAAGGCUGCAAUGUGGUGGAAGGGGAGCAGAUGUCGCCCAGCCUCUCCGGGACCGUGGCAGAGCUCCUGGCUGGUCACCACGAGUUCUUUCCCCCGUGGCUGCUGCUUCUCUGCUCUGCCCGGAAACAGAGCAGAGCCGUCACUAAAAUGUUCACUGGGUUCCGGAAGAUCAGCUUGGACGACCUUCGGAAGGCCUACAUCGUCAAGGAUGUGCAGCAGUACAUCCUCCACCGCCUGGAUCAAGAGGAGGCCCUCCGGCAGCACCUCACCAAGGAGACGGCCGAGACCCUGAACCAGCUGCACAUCAAGAGCAGCGGGUGCUUCCUGUAUCUGGAGCGCGUGCUGGAUGGAGUCGUGGAGAAUUUCAUCAUGCUUCGCGAGAUCCGCGACAUCCCGGGAACGCUGAAUGGUCUCUACCUCUGGCUAUGCCAGAGACUUUUUGUCCGAAAACAGUUUGCCAAAGUUCAGCCCAUUCUGAACGUGAUCCUUGCGGCCUGCCGGCCCCUGACCAUGACAGAAUUGUACCAUGCUGUGUGGACCAAAAAUAUGUCUCUAACCUUGGAGGACUUUCAGCGCAAGCUAGACGUCCUGUCCAAGCUCUUGGUGGAUGGGUUGGGCGGCACCAAGAUCCUGUUCCACCACAGCUUUGCCGAGUGGCUCCUGGAUGUGAAGCACUGCACCCAGAAAUACCUGUGUAACGCUGCGGAAGGGCACCGGAUGCUGGCCAUGAGCUACACCUGCCAGGCCCGGGACCUGACGCCCCAGGGAGCACAAGAAUUCGCCUUGCACUUGAUUAACUCGAACUUGCAGUUGGAGCCAGCCGAGCUGGCGCUGUGGAUGAUAUGGAAUGGCACCCCCGUCAAAGACUCUCUGUCCACCUUGAUACCCAAGGAGCAAGAGGUGCUGCAGUUGCUGAUCCGAGCCGGAGCUCACGUCAACAGCGAGGACGACCGCACCUCGUGCAUCGUCCGGCAAGCCCUGGAGAGAGAGGACUCCAUUCGAACAUUACUGGACAGCGGGGCAUCGGUCAACCAGUGUGACUCCAACGGCAGAACUCUGCUGGCCAAUGCGGCUUACAGCGGCAGUCUGGAUGUGGUGAACCUGCUUGUCUCCAGGGGGGCCGACUUGGAGAUCGAAGACGCCCACGGACACACGCCCCUCACCCUGGCGGCCCGACAAGGGCACACAAAGGUGGUCAACUGCCUGAUUGGGUGUGGAGCCAACGUUAACCAUACGGAUCAGGACGGUUGGACGGCUCUGAGGUCCGCUGCUUGGGGGGGCCACACCGAGGUUGUGUCUGCCCUGCUUUACGCUGGCGUAAAGGUAGACUGCGCGGACGCGGACAGCCGGACGGCGCUGCGUGCAGCGGCCUGGGGGGGCCACGAGGACAUCGUCCUGAACCUGCUGCAGCACGGUGCCGAGGUCAACAAAGCCGACAAUGAAGGGAGGACGGCGCUGAUAGCCGCGGCCUACAUGGGCCACAGAGAGAUCGUCGAGCACCUGCUGGACCAUGGUGCCGAGGUGAACCACGAGGACGUGGACGGCAGGACGGCCCUCUCCGUGGCCGCGCUGUGCGUGCCGGCCAGCAAGGGGCACGCGUCAGUCGUGAGCCUUCUGAUUGACCGAGGGGCCGAGGUAGAUCACUGUGACAAGGAUGGCAUGACACCCCUGCUGGUGGCGGCCUACGAAGGUCACGUGGACGUGGUGGACCUGCUUCUCGAGGGGGGAGCAGAUGUAGAUCACACGGACAACAACGGGCGGACCCCCCUGCUGGCCGCAGCUUCCAUGGGGCAUGCUUCGGUGGUCAACACGCUUCUGUUCUGGGGCGCAGCCGUGGACAGCAUCGACAGCGAAGGCCGGACGGUCCUCAGCAUCGCCUCGGCACAGGGGAACGUGGAGGUGGUGCGCACUCUCCUGGACAGAGGCUUGGACGAGAGCCACCGAGAUGAUGCUGGCUGGACGCCUCUGCACAUGGCAGCUUUUGAGGGUCACAGGUUAAUAUGUGAAGCUCUCAUCGAACAAGGUGCUAGAACGAAUGAGAUUGACAACGACGGGCGCAUCCCUUUCAUUUUGGCCGCCCAGGAGGGCCACUAUGAUUGUGUCCAGAUCCUCCUAGAGAACAAAUCCAACAUCGAUCAGAGAGGCUAUGACGGGAGAAAUGCCUUGCGCGUUGCUGCCCUGGAAGGGCACCGGGACAUCGUGGAAUUACUCUUCAGCCACGGGGCCGAUGUGAACUACAAAGACGCCGAUGGGCGGCCCACGCUUUACAUCCUGGCGCUAGAGAACCAACUUACAAUGGCCGAGUAUUUUUUGGAAAACGGUGCGAACGUGGAGGCCUGCGAUGCAGAGGGACGGACGGCUCUGCACGUCUCCUGCUGGCAGGGCCACGUGGAGAUGGUGCGGGUGCUUAUCGCCUGCCACGCCGACGUCAACGCGGUGGACAACGAGAAGCGCUCGGCCUUGCAGUCUGCCGCCUGGCAGGGCCACGUCAAAGUGGUCCAGCUUCUGAUAGAGCACGGCGCCGUGGUGGACCACACGUGCAACCAAGGCGCCACGGCCCUCUGCAUCGCGGCCCAGGAGGGACAUGUGGAUGUGGUGCAGGUUUUGCUAGAGCACGGCGCCGACCCCAACCACGCCGACCAGUUUGGACGUACUGCCAUGAGGGUGGCAGCCAAAAACGGGCAUUCUCAGAUCAUUAAGCUGUUAGAAAAAUAUGGUGCUUCCAGUCUGAAUGGCUGCUCCCCCUCCCCUGUCCACACGAUGGAGCAGAAGCCUCCACAGUCGGCACCCUCCAAGAUGCAGUCUCUGACCAUCAGGUCCAACAGCUCUGGUGGCACUGGCGGAGGGGACGCGCAGCCUUCCCUCCGGGGCCUGCCCAAUGGGCCGGCUCAUGCGUUCAGCUCUCCGUCAGAGUCUCCAGACUCGACUGUGGAUCGGCAAAAGUCGUCCCUGUCCAACAAUUCCCUGAAGAGCUCAAAAAAUUCGUCUCUGAGAACGACUUCCUCCACAGCCACGGCUCAAACGGUGCCCAUUGACAGUUUCCACAGCCUGUCAUUCACGGAGCAGAUCCAGCAGCACUCGCUGCCUCGCAGUAGGAGCAGGCAGUCAGUCGUGUCCCCCUCCUCCACAACCCAGUCCCUAGGACACAGCCAUAAUUCUCCCAGUAGUGAGUUUGAAUGGAGCCAAGUGAAGCCAAGUCUGAAGUCAACAAAAUCAAAUAAAGGGGGCAAAUCAGAGAACUCCAGCAAGUCUGGGUCAGCUGGGAAGAAAGCAAAACAAAAUAAUUCCUCACAGCCAAAGGUUCUAGAAUACGAAAUGACUCAGUUUGACAGAAGAGGACCUGUCGCUAAGCCUGGGAGUAGCCCACCUAAGCAGACGCCGCCGGCAGAAUCUCAGUGUAAGACCGUGGUCCCUUUACCUCAGGACAGCAACCGUGCCCAGCAACAGCUUCUCCUCCACCAGCAGAGCGGUGAGCAGAAGAGGAGGAAUGGCAUAAUGACGAACCCCAAUUACCAUCUGCAGAGCAACCAGGUGUUCCUGGGCAGGGUCUCCGUCCCUCGCACAGUGCAGGAGCGAGGGCAUCAGGAGGUGCUGGAGGGGUUCCCUCCCUCAGAGACAGAGCUGAACCUUAAACAAGCCCUGAAGCUCCAGAUUGAGGGCUCUGACCCCAGCUUCAACUACAAGAAGGAAACACCCUUGUGAGAGUUUCCGCUUGUGUGAAACAGGAGGCAUUAGGUCAGAAUGGCCAUUCAGCUGCCAGAUGGAAGCAAGACACCUGAGGACAUGCUGCCAAGACUGUGACUCCCACAGUACUGUUUCCUGACUUCCUGUCAUGUGCCUACCCAGUAAGGCUGCCUGUCUCAGCAUAACCCGUGCUGAAGCAGUCUCCACCACACCUAAUAAAUGCAGAUGUAAACAGCAGUUCCUCGAUACAACCAAACCCAGUUUUGAGUAUUUUCCCAUUUGCUAAACGUGCAUGUGCCACGGUCAGGUGUCUCCGCAAAGGCGGUGUUCUGUAUUUAUUGUUUUCUGCGUUGUGGUGUGUACUCGGUCCCAUCGAUUGUCUGGUGUGCCUGGUUCUUGUGUAUUUAAUAGAUGUUAGUCAAUAAAGCAAUUCUUGCAAGUG